UGUCAGGGUCGGAUGCGUCAAGUUCUUCAAACACAAAUAUUAUUCAAAAUACAAAAAUAUUAUCUUUCAUUCAUUAUCUAUAGCAUACUUUGUGUUAUCUUCAACUAGGUACUACUUCGAAUAACGGCCUUAUUACAUCUCUCAACAACAUGGUGAUAACAGACAAGGUAGAGCUCCCCACGUUCGAGGAGCUGGAGGUGCAGGAGGUGGACCUUUCCACCGCCACCCUGAUGGCCGCCGCGCCGCAUCUCGGUCUCCGCUGCGAGAGCGUCAACAACGAGUUCAUGCUGUGUCGCCAGGAGACCGGCGACCCGCGCGCCUGUCUGCCGCUCGGCAAGGAGGUCACCUCAUGCACGCUCACCUUCUUCCAACACCUCAAGGCCACCUGCAGGGACGAGUUCGCCCAGUACGCCAACUGCAUAGAUAAAAGCUCCGGAGAUUUCAGCUUGAGCCAAUGCCGGAACACUCAAGCUGGGUUGGACAAGUGUGUUCUGGAUAAGAUGUGCGUGCAACGGCCGGACUUCGGGUACUUCACCCGGGCGCGGGUGCACGAGACGCAGCGGCCGCGGGUGGAGGGGGAGGAGGGGUGCUGCGUCGAGGGGGCCGUCCCACGCCUGCCCGACGACGCGCCGCGCCCGAGGGCGCGCUUCAACAGCAGAUAUCACUACAUGACUGAGUAAUGGCUUUUGAAUAUUGAUAACUCUAUGUUUAUAGCAAACUAUAUU